CUAAAUGGGCCUUCUGUGGAGAACCCGUCAGAUGUGGUACAAAGGGCUGUUGAAUAGACUCAAUCUUCUCUUCCGGUGGGGAGGGGGUGGGAGUUUUUUCUUACCAAGCACUUAUGUCGGAUAAUCAAGUUUCAUCUCUGGAUUUACGUCAACCCUUGGUUAAACUCGAACUUUUGGUUGCUUUCCUCAUUUCUAUUAUCCUCCAUGUGACUUCUGCGAGACAUGGGCUUGAAACUAGUGCUUGGCUCCGUCCUGCACAUUUUGAGGAUCAUCCAUUUCACAAACGUGGGUUUGGAGCCUUCCGCUUGUUUUCAGUAUUUUCCCCAUGUAGAAGACAAAGACCUUCCCCUUUUCACAAGAUUCCAGCUCCUGUACAUGAUUCUUCACCCAUUUCAUUCCGGGACAAAAUUCUUGUUUGGCUGCUUUGGAUGACUCAGACUCUCAACACAUCAACUCCACUGCUCGCCUUGAAGCUAAUGUGCUGUUUCCAGAACUGGAUCCUCCAGCAGCACCAGGACCUGGGGGAGCUCGUCAAUGCACUCUCCCUGAACUGCAAGGUGCCUGACGACGAGCUGAAGCCGCUCGUGGAGAAGAGCAUCAAACACUUUGAAGAGUACCACGGAAGGCGAGCUCUGAUGGCACAGCACUACGCCCCGUCGUUCUUUUACCCAACCUGGUGCACCUCCUUUGAGACUGCCUUCUUUUGGAUCGGUGGCUGCAGGCCAUCGCUCGCCUUCAGGCUCGUGUACUCCGUUUGUGGCACGGAGCUGAGUGGCCAGCUGAGUGAGAUCCUCCGGGGCGAAAGAAAGGGCAACUUGGCUGAUAUUUCUGCCCACCAGAUGGAGAUGAUCAACACUUUGCAUUGCAAGACUGUGAGAGAGGAAGAUAUGAUGAGCACCAGGAUGGCAAGUUUACAGGAGGAAAUAGCAGAUGAACCUCUGGCAAUGUUAGCGACGAGCGCAGGGCGGGUGGGGGAGUGGAGUAAGGAGCUAGUCCGGGCCAUGGAUGCGCAUUCUCUGUCGCUGGCAAGCAUUCUGGCAGACGCUGAUAAGCUCAGGAUCAGCACGUUGAAGGAGUUGAUGGCCAUUCUCACCCCAUUCCAGGGCGUAGAUCUUCUAAUCUCCAUCAAGAAACUUCACCUCUCCAUGCAUGAGUGGGGCAAGACAAAGGAGCUCCAGUUGAGAAAACCUGCAGCUCCAUGAUCAAAUAUAUAUAUAUAUAUAUAUAUGUGUGUGUGUGUGUGUACGUCUGUGUGUGAGUGUGUGAAGUAGCUGUUUGAGUGGAACAAAAUAAUAACUUGGCCAUGGGAGUGUGUGAGUUCGCCAUUAAUAAAGUAGCCCGGAUGUGUUUAUUGUAAUUAAGGGCCUUUGUCUUUUAUUCCGUGGCGGGUGUGGUUUUCUCCAAGCUUGGCGUGUUAGGGUGGUGCAUCGUUGUGGCGGCGGAGGGUAGAAUUGUUGAUGGAUGAAAAUCAAGAGUGCAGCCGCCGCCGUCCCUCGAACAAGAGAGCCUGGAGAUGUACGACUCUUUCUUUAAUGAAAUGCUUGUUUCACCUUAAUUAUUUGUUUGUUGGGGUCGGUUGAUAAACUUGUUUGCAUUUCAGGAUUUCCAUCACUUGGAUUAUUCUGUCUUGUAAGAUAAAUUUCAAGUGAAUCUCGUUGGUACUCUACAUGCGUGGUUCCCUUUUGCGGUCCAGAAUUCAGUGAAUCCAAUUAGCCCUAUAUUAUG